GCUUCAAAAAGGGAAAAGAAAUCCAACUAAGGUAACCGUAAAAAAAAAAAAAGGCGAAAUGUGCGAUACGGUUUUGCUGCGUGGGCGACUGUGCUACAGAACUUGUCACGCAACAAGUCACGGUAAUUGUUUCUCAGAAUCGAGAAAAAUGACAAACAAGAAUCGCUUCCUGUAGUCGUUUUGUUCACUUCUCAGAAUUUCAGAAUCCGUUAAUUAUGGGAAACUCUUUAAAAAUCGAGGGAGUUGACAUCAAAGAAGAACUUGGCGAGGGAAGUUCAGGCGUAGUUUACAAAGCCAAAUGGAAUGGACGCUUUGCAGCCGUUAAAGUCCUUAAAGAUGACAUGUUCUGGUAUCAUCCUAGAGCGCUGGAGGAUUUUAAGAAAGAAUGCGACUUCCUUCGAGUGUUAAAACACCCCAAUAUCGUUGAAAUGUACGAAGUUCUUUUCCCAGAAAACAAAUCGCCUGUUCUUAUCACGGAGCUCAUGCUUUGCGAUCUUCAAUCACACUACAAGAACUCGAAAGCAACACCUAAAGUUUCGCUGGACGAAGUCAUUAGAAUCAUGUUGGAUGUCGGCGAAGGACUGAAAUUUCUGCAUGAACGCGAGGAUCCUAUCAUUCACCGAGACAUCAAAUCUAAUAACAUUUUACUUAACACGAAACUGAAGGCAAAGAUUGCGGAUCUGGGGCAAGCCAAAGAGUUUCCGGGGCAUCCGCUGGGUACUACCCUACAAAUGACUAAAACACCUGUUCCGGGCACGACAGUGUAUAUGGCGCCAGAAACAUUUCCUAGUAGUAAUCAUCCGGAUCGAAGUGAUUGCCCUACAGUUGAUUAUGGAACAGAGAUCGAUAUCUUUUCGUUCGGAGUUGUGUUGUUGGAAAUUAUAGUCGGUCACCUUCCGUCCCCCAAACCAUUUUUCUCGCCAUUAAAAGAUGGAAACAAAGUGCUGGAACACAAUCGACGAAGAAAGGAACUUGGAGAGAUGGGCUCUCUUCAUCCUCUAAGAGAAAUAGUUCUCCAAUGUCUGGAAAAUGACCCAUCAAGAAGACCCUCGAUUAGACAAGUGAUUGAAGAUUUGCGAAGAAACGACGGCAAUCAGAAACGAAUGGAGUUGAAAAUCGCCUUACUUGGAAACUCUGGCGUUGGAAAAUCUCUUUUGAUCAAAAAAUACAUCGACAAGGACUUGCCGCCAGAACUUGUUCGUUCGACAAUCGGUGUGGAAAUGCAGCCUGUACCGCUUCAAAUUGGAAAUCAAAUGGUGAUUCUGAGAAUUUUGGACCCGGCAGGCCAGGAAAGGUUUGACAGCAUUGCUCCAGCCCUGUUUAGAGGCUCGCAUGGGGCUUUCCUUGUCUAUGACAUUAGUGAGCCGAGAAGUUUUUGUGAUCUCCAAAAGCACAUGAGCUUCAUUGAGCCUGCUUGUGGCGAAAAUGUUAAAGUUAUGUUAAUUGGGAACAAGAAGGAUCUUCGAAGAAGAGUCCAAAUUGAACUUGCUCAAAACUAUGCUGAAAAAAACAAUAUGGAUUACCUCGAGGUUAGUGCAGUAACUCUUGAGAACGUCGAGGAAAUGUUCGAACGCUUGGCAAAAAAAAUUUUAGAAUCACUGGACACAAGCGAUGUACAGAUAAUGGAAAAAUCGUUAUUUCGGCAGCAGUCUCGAAUCCAUCUCGGUGAAGAAGACCAGGAGAAGACUGACGGCAAAUGUUCAUGUUAGCGCAGCAUUUACCAUAAGCUGCCAGGACCACAACGCCGAGGGAAACAUUGAUUCCAAAAUGAAUUUAAUAUUUUUCUCGUUAAAUUUCGCAAAGGUGUUUCUGACUGUCUUCUUCUGUGCUACACCUCAAGGGCGUAGCCAGGAUCUUUCGAAAAGGAGGUCACAAUGUGUCAAACAAUACUGGUUGUUUGCUCCCCGGGACUCCCAAAGUACGUCCUUUCACCUCAACUUCAGCAUAACGUUUGUGAGCAACGUUGAGCUGGGAGUUCUAACUAAAACAGUCAGAUUGGUCAGGAUGUGUCAGAAGAUUAGAUUUAAUAAAGAAAAAACACUACAAAGACA